AUGGUAUCCAACUUCAGCAGACUAAGUUCACACAGACACUAUGUAUUGCGUUUAUAUCGUUGUACUUUAAGACUGCUUAGAAGGAAUUGCCAUUCCAUUUUGUUGCAAUCGAACAUCAGAAACAAGAUCAAAGCUGUUUUAAAAGAUAAUAGAAAUAAUAAAUCGAGCUGGAAUGUACUUGCUUUGCUUAAAAAGCUAGAAGAGCUAAACGGUCACUUAUUUGAACAUAAUUUCAAAAUCAUGUCAGAGCUUGUUAGAGUUUCAAGCGUUAUAGAGCCCAGUGAAUCAUCUAAAAUUCUUAAUUUGCUAGAAUCAUCCACUAAAACAAAAGUCCAAACACCUGAAGAGACUAAACAAAUGGGAAUACUGAGUAAAUAUAUUACAUCUAAACAAGCUUCGGGACAUUUACCUAAUACCAUACCUGGUGAGUAUAAACGUGGAUUACUCUUACCUCUAGCUCUACAUGAAUUUUCACAACGGAAGAUCAAGAGGAUCGAGCAGCAACUGGACAAAGGGAUACCAAAGGUAUAUCUGAGCUAUACCAAAGCAGGCAGUUCCAAGAUUUGGUUUGUUAGAGCACCUUUUAAUAAGGGAAGGAGGCAAUCUAAGGGGCUGAGUGCAUUUAUUAAGUAUGAAAGAGAAAAAAACCAGAAAAGUAUUGAUAGUAUCGCUUAUUGUGAGAAUAUGGCCAAAUGGGCAUUCUAUGAGGCUGUAUGGGAACAUGCAAUUGAAAAUGGGGGCAAGAUUUUGCCCUUCUCAUUGUACAAUAUGCUGAAUAACAUCAAACUGGACAAGCCUCAUGAAGAUAAUUCAGCCUUAAAAGUGUAUGAGUGGUUUUUCCCACUCAAAACUGUUAUAAAUAGAUUGGGCCAAAAAAAUAACCUGACCACUAAGUGUUUUGAACGAUAUAAACAACGUUUGAUCAUGAAAGAUGGUAGGAUGGACUUCUUCACCAAAAAGACAGCAAAAAUGUAUAAGAACAGAAAAGCAAGGUUUGACGCUAUGUCAAAGGCAGUGCCGUACGCAUUUAUUUAUCAUGACAAGUACAAUUUACCGUCGAUUCUCGAUAAGCACAAGUUUUGA